AUGAAACUCGCAGUUGCUGUAUUGUCAUCGAUCCUGCUUGCAUGCUCGGUUACUAUUGCCAAUCCAAUUGAUCCCAGUGCAACUACAGAUGUUGAGUCUAUCGCUUUUCCAGAUCUUCCCAGUGCAACUACAGAUGUUGAAUCUAGCAUUUUUCCAGAUCUUCCCAGUGCAACUACAGAUGUUGAGUCUAGCACCUUGCCAACUCCUAAUCCAAACGGUAUAGGCUUAGGUGGUCUUGAUCCACUUCCAGAUAGCAUCAAGGAUUUGUUCAAAAAAUACAGGAAAAAAAAGCAAGGCUUUAAUCAGCAAAAAAAAAAAUGUGAGUUGUUAAAAUCUGAAUAUAACGACCAACGUAGGCUGAUAGAGCGCCUGUGGAGAAAUACUCGAAUUUUGCAACAUAAAUAUCAAGGAAACGGUGGCAGUCCAAAACACGAUGCAACUCAGAAGAGUAAGCUUAAUCUCAAAGCCCAAAGAGACAGACUUGACGAUCUUAAAGAAAGUAUUCAAGACUGCGAGUCCAAGCGUAAUAGUCUUGAAUUUGAACUGGAUCUCAUCGAAAUAGAGCUUGUGACGCUCGUUUUUGGAGGACCUUGGGAUCCUAAAUCAUUUUAUAAGAAACUUUUGCUUAUCGGCACGUAUCCUUCCGUUCAAAAUUACCUUGACAGAUUACGUAAUGAAGAAAAAUCAUCAGAAUGCAAUGAAUGUCUUGGUCAGAAUCCUAGUGAUCAACAACAACAUCGAAAACCUAGUGGUCAACAACAACAACAAAAACCUGGUGGUCAACAACAACAACAAAAACCUAGUGAUCAACAACAACAACAAAAACCUAGUGAUCAACAACAACAACAAAAACCUAGUGAUCAACAGCAACAUCAAAAACCUAGUGGUCAGCAACAGCAUCAAGAACCACAACCAUCACCGGAUACACCAUCCGGAUCUGGAUCCCCUGGACAGAAAGUUCCCUCCAAUAGACAAAAAGGUUCAUCCAAGUUUAUGGGUAAAUUGAAAUCAUUCUUUGGAUGA